AUGAAACUACCUACCAAUCUAUCUGGAUAUAAGAGGAUUUUGCAAGCAACUAUACCACCCAUCUUCCUAACUGCUACUUUCUCAGGAACUCUUGGUAUAUUAGCUGCAUGCAUCGGAAUAUUAGCAAUAUUGAGUGAAAGAAACAUGAUCAUGUAUCUGCAUCUAUGUGCUUUGACCAUUGUAAUAUUUAUGGAAAUAGGCAUAGCAUCGACAUCCUGUUUAAUGAACGACCAAUUCUUCACUGAAGCUCAUCGUUCGUUAAAUACGAAUGUUAAACAAUAUUGGACAAAUCUUCGUUAUCAAAUAGAAUUUGAUGAUUUACAAACAACAUUCCGUUGUUGUGGGGCUGAUUCAUCCAACGAUUAUCCACAUGUUAAACAACUUCUACCGAUUUCAUGUUUGUCUGGAAUAAAACCAUAUUCACUGGUGUUCGGUGUUGUUCUGUUAGCACUCGGAAUUCAACCACAAAUCACAUUAAAUCAAUUCAGAACUAUACUACAAAAUGCGAAACCAGAGAUCUUCCUGGCUGUCAGUAUCUCAGGAGGUCUCGGUGUACUAGGAUCAUGUGUUGGAAUUUAUGGACACUCGAAGAAACAGAAAGUGAUCAUAUAUAUGAACAUUGUCGUUUUGUUUAUCGUGACUUGUAUGUGGAUCGGUAUGGCAUUUAAAGUAGUUGUAACGGAAGAUAGGUUCGUUAAUUUAGUGAAUAGCUCGCUGAGUUCUACUGUUAAACAAUAUGAGAAACGAGUUGAUUAUCGAAUGGAGUUUGAUCAAUUACAAAAGAGUUUUUACUGCUGUGGAGCAAACUCGGAAAAUGACUAUCGAUAUAAUACAAGGGUAGUACUAACACCUGCUUCAUGUAAAUACAACAAAUUUGCAUAUCCUAAAGGAUGUGUAUCAGCGAUAAUUGAAUAUACACAAACUUAUCUAAAUAUAAUCAUGUAUCUAUGUUUCACAUUCGGGAUUAUUCAAGCGGUCUACCUGAUAUUGUCAAUUAUGAGAAUACGUAAAUUUGAAGGUGACGAUUUCCUAUCUGCAUAA